CUUAAACACAUACACAUAGCCCAAUAACAAAAUCCAUCCCAACAGACUGAAAAGCUACCAUAACCAUAAACCUCCCCUCCUCCAAAAUCCCCAUCACCCAACCCGCAAACAUGCCCACCCAUCCAGUUAUCGUACCAAACAUCUCCCAACCAAGACAUCAUCAUAGACAAAUCCCAAACAACGUCCCCAACCCACCUCACCAACAAACUCCACCAACCCCCCUCUCAAAACUAAACUCCCUCUCCUCCCAAAUCCUACAAAGAACCUCUCGCGCAUGGAAAUCCUUCCAAGAGCGCUCCCUCGCAAACGACCAACACUACCAUCUCGACACUCUCCUCCCUACCAAGAAGAAGCGUAACUCAAUUUCGUCAUCGCCAGUGCCUCAACAUCCCACCUCUCGGCAGUCUACUCCAUACCCAGAGACCCCAUAUUCUUCACCCACAAUACGUCAAGCCUUCGCCCACGAGAGACCUUUUCCUUUCCCCUCCACCACUUCUACUCUAUCAUAUGCCGCUCACGUCAUGCCAUAUCAACCGGGCCAUCGUCCAGCCAUACAGUCCCCGUAUUACUUACUAGUUUGUCUCCCCAUUGCAAACAUUGCCCAAGAUUCAACGCAUCGCCGCCCAUCGCCAUCGAGUCACCGCGUCAUCCUGUGUUGUCCUUACCGUCCAUAUCGUAGGACGAUCCCGAAUUCUUCAUCUUCAAGAGGCGCAGCAAGUGGAGAGCUAUAGAUGGGCUUUAUUGCAAGAGACGAACAAUCUAAGCUCUCUCCUCACUAUACUUGUGUCCCUUUUCUUUAUGUUCUUUGCUAUCAUAUGUUGCUUCAUCACCUCUGUUAUUUGACGUCUGGCCAAGUACGACACAUCUUCUUUUGCUAGGGAAAUAUUGGAGAGCCAAAUGAUUUAACUGAACUUUAUUUCAUAUCUUGUAUAGUCAUACUGAAUAACAAUGCUGAUAACAAAUUUCUUCUCCACCACACGCCAGUUGUGCUAAUCCCUAGGGAAGUAUUUUGCUUUUUACCUGUUUGCCCGGUCCAAACAUCCCGUUAAGAAGCACCAUAGAAUUUCAGACAACCCUUCUACCUGCAUUUUUGUAACAAACUUAGGACUUUGUGAUUCUGCACACCAAGUCUGAGCCAUCCACGGAGUCGCCCUCCUUGACCUGCAGACUGGCAACCUUUCCGCUAUGGGGUGCUGAGAUAACCAUUUCCUAUCAUCACUGUUA